GUUCCUGGCGGUGAGGACAAGGUUUCUGGCGGUGAGGACAAGGUUCCUGGGGGUGAGGACAAUGUUCUUGGCGGUGAGGAAAAGGUUCCUGCCGGUGAGGACAGGGUUCCUGCCGGUGAGGACAAGGUUCUUGGCGGUGAGGACAAGGUUCCUGGCGGUGAGGACAAGGUUUCUACCGGUGAGGAUAAUGUUUCUGGCGGUGAGGACAAGGUGCCUGGCGGUGAGGACAAGGUUCUUGGCGGUGACGACAAGGUUCCUGGCGGUGAGGACAAGGUUCCUGGCGUUGAGGACAAGGUUAUUGGUGGUGAGGACAAGGUUCCUGCCGGUGAGAACAGGGUUCCUCCCGGUGAUGACAAGGUUCCUGACGGUGAAGACAAGGUUCCUGGCGGUGAGGACAAGGUUUCUGGCUGUGAAGACAAGGUUUCUGGCGGUUAGGAGAAGGUUCUUGGCGUUGAGGACAACGUUCUUGGCGGUGAGGACAAGGUUCCUGCCGGUGAGGACAGGGUUCGUGCGGGUGAUGACAAGGUUCCUGGCGGUGAGGACAAGGUUUCUGGCGGUGAGGACAGGUUCCUGGCGGUAAGGAGAAGGUUCCUGGCGGUGCGGAGAAGGUUCCUGGCGGUGUGGACAAGUUUCCUGGCGGUGUGGACAAGUUUCCUUGCCGUGAGGACAAGGUUCCUGGUUGCGAGGACAAGGUUUCUGCUGGUGAGGACAUGGUUCCUUCAGGUGAGAACAAGGUUGCUGCCGAUGAGGACAGGGUUCCUGCCGGUGAUGACAAGGAUCCUGGCGGUGAGGACAGGGUUCCUGGCGGUGAGGACAAGGUUUCUGGCGGUGAGGACAAGGUUUCUUGUGGUGAGGACAAGGUUCCUGCCGGUGAGGACAGGGUUUAUGCCGGUGAGGGCAAGGUUACUGGAAGUGAGCACAAGGUUCCUGGCGGUGAGGACAAGGUUCCUGGGGUGAGGACAAGGUUUCUGGCGGUGAGGAGAAGGUUUCUGGCGGUGUGGACAAUGUUUCUGGCGGUGAGAACAAGGUUUCUGGGGGUGAGGACAAGGUUCCUGCCGGUGAUGACAAUGUUCCUGGCGGUGAGGACAAGGUUCCUGGCGGUGAGGACAAGUUUCCUGGCGGUGAGGACAAGGUUCCUGGCAGUGAGGACAAGGUUUCUGCUGGUGAGGACAAGGUUCCUGCAGGUGAAAACAAGGUUCCUGCCGAUGAGGACAGGGUUCCUGCCGGUGAUGACAAGCAUCCUGGCGGUGAGGACAAGGGUCCUGGCGGUGAAGACAAGGUUUCGGGAGGUGAGGAGAAUGUUUCUGGUGGUGAGUACAAGGUUCCUGGCGGUGAGGACAAGGUUUCUGGUGGUGAGGACAAGGUUUCUGGCGGUGAGGACAAGGUUCCUGGUGGUGAGGACAAGGUUUCUGGGGGUGAGAACAAGGUUCCUGGCGGUGAUGACAAGGUUCCUGGCAGUGAGGACAAUGUUUCUGGCGGUGAGGACAAGGUGUCUGGCGGUGAGGACAAGGUUCCUUGGGGUGAGGACAAUGUUCUUGGCGGUGAGGAAAAGGUUCCUGCCGGUGAGGACAGGGUUCCUGCCGGUGAUGACAAGGUUCCUGACGGUGAGGACAAGGUUGUUGGCGGUGAGGACAAGGUUCCUGGCGGUGAGGACAAGUUUCCUGGCUUUGAGGACCAAGUUCCUGGCGCUGAGAACACGCACUCAAAUUUGUAAGUUAUGAUGUAAUUUUUAACUGACAGGUAGGGAAAUGAGAGAACUUAAACCGUAGAUACUGUACCAUGCAUUAAACAUAGUCUUAAUAAACCUAUUAUUAUUUUAUUAUUUUAUCAGAAUCUAGUUUUCUGUGAAAUUGCUUUUUUAAGACAUGUGAAUCGUGCACGGUGUUUUUUGACCUGUAGUAAGGUAAAACAAAUAUUUUUCCGUGUUUUUUUUAUGUGAUAGCACUAGUAUUAAGUUUUAAUGAAUUGGUAAGAGUUCUCUUGUAUUUUGUACGGUACGUGUACAAUAUACAUAAAAAGUGGACGGGUAUUCUGCAAUCGCUCCAAAUUUGUAUGUAUACGAAGGAUAGUUAACCUAUAUAUCUAGCCUUCAUAUUGUUGGCCGACAAAAAGGUCCUACUGAAGAACAUCCAGACCCUGUAUCAGCAAUAACUAUUACGGAAAAUAUAAGUAAUAAUCCUAAUCUCCGUCUAGCAUAUAAAACGCACAUUGAAAUGCGUACGGUUUGUAAAAGAUAUUUAUAUGCUUCCCUAGACUUUGCUUGUCAUAUUCUGACAAGCGAUAUAUGA